AAAAAGCUGCCUCCGCCUCUCCCCUUCGACUGUGCUUUACUUCAUUUCUCAUCCACCUUUGCCUCUUCGUUGUAUAUUUGCUCCACGUCCUUGUUUACACUUUUUCUACAACUCUAUUUCUCCGAUGUCCGACAACGUUGCUCACGCUCUUUCCGGUGCUGGUGGUGGCAUCAUCUCGAUGGCUCUGACCUACCCGCUGAUCACUGUCGGUACGCGCCUGCAGGUCCAGCGCAACAACAAGGACGCUUCGGCAUACAGCGGCAACAUCGACGCCCUGGUCAAGAUCUUCUCGCAGGAGGGUAUUUCAGGCCUGUUCUCGGGCCUCGAGUCCGCCAUCUUUGGUGCUGCGCUCACCAACGGCGUUUACUACUAUUUCUUUGAGGCGGUUAAGGCUGCCUUUGAGCGCGCCUCGCAACGCAAGAGCAUGACGACCGUCGAGAGCAUGAUCUCGGGCGCAGUUGCCGGCGCCAUGACCUGCAUCAUCACCAACCCGAUCUGGGUCGUGAACACCCGCCUCACUGUCAAGCAGAAGAAGCAGGCCGAUGUCGAGGGCGCCGAGGCUGCUCCGACCACUCUGUCGACGUUUGCCGAGAUCAUCCGCGAGGACGGCGUCUUGUCGCUGUGGCAAGGAAUUAUCCCCGCGCUCAUCCUGGUCAUCAACCCGAUCAUCCAGUACACUGCCUUUGAGCAGCUCAAAAACAAGGUUGAGUCCUUCCGCAAGCUGGGCAAUAUGGAUUUCUUCCUGCUCGGCGCUGUCUCCAAGCUGGCUGCCACCUCGGUCACGUACCCGUACAUUCUGGUCAAGUCGCGCAUGCAGCUCAAGCAGUCCAAGAACGAGAACGAGCGCUACGACUCGCUGAUGGACGGCCUGCGCAAGGUCAUCAAGCACGAGGGCAUUGCUGGCCUCUACAAGGGCAUUGAGAGCAAGCUGCUGCAGUCGGUGCUCACUGCCUCGCUGCUGUUCAUGUCCAAGGAGGCCCUCUUCUCAUACACCAUCAAGCUGCUGCUGCUCAUUGGUGCCCGCAAGGCUGCUAUUGCCAAGUAAAAAGCUCUUAAUUUCCGUUUAUCUUGCGUCUCAAAAACCUCUUGACUUUCAGGUGAAGAGCAUGUGAAAUCAUUUUGCAUGCUGAUAACCUCCUGCAAGGCUCUGCUUCACAUUUGCGCCGGCCACUUUCCAUUUAGUGCGUUCAUGCUGUCAUUCCAAC